AUGCCCUACAUAGCUCGGACAGAGUCGCUGACCGAUGCCGCUCUUACUGGUGGGCUCACCGAUCCUCGAGCCCAGCACCAGCCCAGCUUUGGUAAAAAGAUCCUCUGUCGUGAUCUGACCAACUUUCUUUCCAAUGUUAGCAAUGGGUCGCCCUUGAUACCAAAGCCUACUCAAGACAGAGAACGACUUGCAAGUGCUAGUGACGACAGACUCCACAACCGAAUUUCGGCCGUCGAAGAAACGGUGAACGAAACAACCAAUGGCACUGUCCAUCACGAAGCCAAUGGUCAUACGGAUUAUACAUCUAAUGGGAUGAAAAAAAGGCCGAUCAGUGGAAUCUCUAAGGAUGUGGCAAAUGGCGACCACAUGGUCGUGGAUGGCGAAACUAUCACCGACGGAUUAUGCCCAAAGAGGAUGACCAAACAACAGACUAGAGACACGCCUUCGCGUCAACCUCUUUCUGACCUUGUACCGGAGUUCAUUUGCAGCGGUGGCCUUAGUCGCUCACCGGCUUUCGAUGCCCUUCCCGUCGUUUCCCACUGGGGAGACCGUACCUCAGAAACCUCCAAAGAAGAUGUUAAAGCAACAUUCCGUCUGUCUUCGACCUGGGGGACAGCACAUGUCUUUGGUGAAGGGACCGAUAUGUAUCACACUCACGGUGCCCCAUGCUGGUCGCUGAGGAGUCAUAGUAUUGGAUCAGCAGAGGCUGGCGCGAGCAAGUUUUCGCAGCAUUAUAUUGCCGAAAGCGACACUCUCGUUACAAAUGUUCACCUGGAGCGUCGCGAUGAUACGCCCCGGACAGAUGGCGUUAUAGGAGCAGCAACAAUGAUGUCCUGGGGACGCAACGCAAGAGUCGCCGAUGCGGUAGACUGCGCGACUGGUCUCCUAUCCAAUGCAUCGAAGCUGCUGGAUGCUCGCGACGAGAUGAUCAAAACUGGAAACACGCAGUACCUUAGCUUUGCAGAGGUUCGACCAGGCGUGAUGCCGCAGUGGUGUGCUGCGCGAAAACCUCUCCCACCCAAGCUGAGCGGCGUUGCCAUCGCCCCUGACAAAGCGACGACCGAUCUCCUUGUAUCUGAGGGGUCAGAAGGGCCGAUGCUCAACACGAGUAUCUUCUCCAUGGCCGUGGGAUAUAACCGUGGCGUUUAUGGUGGUUCUAUUUCCGGCCUUUGGGCGGUGAUGGACUCUUCAUUUGUUCUCGACUACUCCAUCGGAAAGUAUAAUACUGCCAUGGGUGAGAGUCUCUCGUCCGCAUUUGAAGACGUGGCUGCAGCUGCAAAGGCGUCUACAUAUGCUGGACCGCAUAUUACCGAUAUCCGCAUAGUCAAGGGCUGCAACUAUGGUUGUCUACGCCAGAAAACUAUGAUUGAGGAUAGCCACCUCCUACCCUCCCGCCCAUGCAUCGUCGUUUGGAACGAUCUUGCACAACUAGCAAGGUACAAAUUGGCUGAUGCUGUCUUUUGCCACGUCUAUUAUGAUGCUGGCGGCGGCGAACAGAUGGCGGCCAUUGCUGGCCUCGGCUGUGUUGCACACGAUUGGAUUGACCUUGGUGCUGACGUGACCUGCGGGGAAGUGAGCAACAUCAUUCCUUCUCUGACGCGUGGCUCUCUCGAGGAAGAGGCACUAGCAGAAGUGUAUUCACGUCUUACUGGUGCCAUGAUCUGGUAUCGCGACAACGAUCCCUACAACCCGGCAGCGCUCUGCCUUCUCUUUACCCACUGGUGGCAACUUGCUAACUGCCGUCAUCGUCCUAUUACACUGCUAGGAAGAACGGAUUUGGAUUUGAACGCUGCCAUCACAGCCACCGUUCCAGUAGAAAGACCUUCACUAGAGCACUUCCGGAUGGCGGGGACUCCAGUGAGUCGCGGACAGCAGUCACUUGAUAGGGCCGAAGCCCGUCUAGCUCGUCUCGUCUCGUCCAAGCCCUUGCCAGAAAUCCAAGCAGUCAUCAAUCUGCUCGUGCAGCCAGUGUUUGAUUACAUCAAGGGAGGCGACAGCUUGCCGUCUGAGAGCGAAUACAUAGCUGCGGUCCUAGCGGCAGAGAUAGCUUACCCCCAUGGACAAAAGAUUCUCGAGCUGUGGGAUCUUGCUAUUGUUAUGUGGGAGUGUGGUGCCAUGUGGGCUGCUGGUGUGGCUGGUCUUUGCUACACUCAUACUGGCGAAUCUAACUGUGACCGGGCUCGUAACGACUUGGCGGAUACUACCUGGACUUGA